AUGAGUGGACUCUACCGCUGCGUCAUCGGAACGUUGGGGGUGCUUGUUGUGGGAGGCGAGUUUGGAGGUUAUAUUGGAGAGGUGGGGAGAAGCGAGGAAGCGGAUGGAGAUAGGGCGGCGGGGGGUGAGGAGGGAAUGGUAAGGUGGGUUUGCAGUUUGUACAAAUGGACUCUAGUGAAGUAUGAAUGGCUUGGUGGCGAUGGAGUCGGCAUGCGUCUCCUUUGA